AGAAAAUUUUAAAGCACAUGCAGCCGAUACUGGUGAUUGCUGCUUGGAGCGUUUUUGUAACUAGUUCAUAUUCACACAUCAAUUUUUAAAGUCGUACAUUUUAUAAUAAUUUCGAGUAGCAUAGUUUUCAUUUUUAUGGAGGAAGAAACCAUCGAAGGCACCUGUUGGUCGCAUCAUCCUCUUCUAAAUACUCAUAUUGUGGAAAUAAUUUUCAAACAAUGCGACACUCGGACGCUUCUGAGUUGCCGAAUGGUUUGCCAAACCUGGAACUCCGAAGCGUUAAGAAUCAUGGCAAGGGACGAAGUAACGGCGCUGGUGAAAGGGAAAAACGCAAUAGAAAAUUUUCUAGAGUGCAUGAAAACAUCGGAUAGCCAGCCAUUCUCUUCGUUCUCAAUGGAAUUGUCCGCACUUGCACUUGGCGAACAAUUUCAGUCCACUUAUGACCUCAUUUUCCUCUUGAAAGACCGGAUGACACAGGUCAAGUUUGACUAUGAGAUGCCAACGUCUUCGAUAAACCCCUCCGAACUUGAAGUUAGCAGCAGCAGUGAUAAUCAGAUUGACGACCUGCUCGACGAUGACGAAAUCAAUCCACGAUUCUCACAUUCUCAAAUCAUUACACUCCCAGUUUUAUCAUCGCUUCAAUUCUUUUCUACCAACAUUUUUCCGCCAAAGUCUCCAAAUCGACUCCCUCGACUUUUUGACCUGCUAAAAACCCCUCACCUUACGAGCCUAAGUGUUCAGCACCUUUAUGCAACAGAGUGUACUUCUACUAUAGUAAAGUUUCUGAAAAAUGUAGAGUCACCAAUUUCCAGUCUUCGCAUACCAUGCACCGAAUUGCCAAAAGUUGUCGAGGAAAUCUCCAACAGCGGUCAACUUAUUAACCUCAAAUAUCUUCAGCAGUUGGACAUUUGUGACCUGUUCCACGGUUCUUUUGCAACUAAUGAAACUAUUCGAUGUAUACAAGAAAAUUGUCAAAAUCUACGGAAUUUAUCCAUUGAGUUAGGAAUUCGUGUGACUUUUGAUGCUGUUUUCAAGCUACUGGAAAUUUUGUCACAUUCCUUAAAAAAUUUGAAAUUAAUUAUUCAAGACAAAAAUUUGUUGUCGAGAAAUAUGCAACGAGUAAAUUUCUACUUUCCACACAUGCCGAAACUUGAAAGCUUAUUUUUGCGAUAUGCAAAUCCAGGUCUGGUUUAUUUUAUUGAGGAGCUGCCUCAGCUCGCCUCAUUGGAGCUAGAAACCCCGUGGACAAGGAAAGUGAGAGGACAGAUUUUUCCAGGAGUCGAUUCCAAGAUUUAUACGCAACUCCAAACACUGAACCUCACUGAAAAAUUGACAGAUCAAGAUGUUCGCGUUAUUCGACGCUUGUUCCCGAAUUUGAAAACACUGUGUUCAUCUUUCCAAUCAAAUCUUGCCUUCCAAGAAGUAUGCCAAAGCUAUGGGGACCUCCUCGAAGUCCUGAUUGUGGACAGAAACUCUUCAGUCACCGAUACAGGAAUUUGUGGACUUUCCCAAGAAGAUCUUUCUAAAUUUUCACUAGAGGGGUUAUCAGAUGCUACAGAGUCGCCUUCAAAAUCUAUCGCCAUGCUCAACCGUCUGAAAUGUCUAAAAUUGGUACAAUUGGGCCUAUCCUGGAAAUCCUUGGUCCUAGGUGUCUGUCAUCUUCAUGAUCUGCAAACACUAUCAGUUCAGGCAACGACUUUGAAAGUAGAAGGAGUUGAUCUCCAGAAAAAUGACACAGUCCUUCAACAAUUAUCUAAGCAUCUGCCCCAUCUUCGUAAUUUAUCCAUUUGGAUUAGGAGAAAUUCGGAGAGAUUGAACCCAGAUGAGAUGCAACUUCUUAAUGCGAGGUAUCCCCAAUGGCGAAUUGAUAUUACGAUCCAAGCAGUUUGCAGUGUUAUGUAAAGAUUUUUUUAUGCGAAAACUGGAACUAUGUACUAUUAUUUUUAUUAGAAUAUACAAAGUGAAGGUUCAAGAAUUUCAA